CGAGUUGGCCGUUGUUGCACAGUUGCUGGGAGGAGAGAGGUGGAGUCGCUGGGGCCAAGAUCAUGCCUUACAGUGAGAGGUAUUCCGGGCAGCAGAGGCCUCUAGGUUUGGGAUGAAAGAAGAAGGGCAGAUGCAAAAUCUGGAGAGUGCGGGGGCCGUGCGGUCAGUCAGCACCCAGACUGGCAGCAUGACCGGUCAAAUACCAAGGCUCUCUAAAGUCAACCUUUUCACUCUGCUCAGUCUCUGGAUGGAGCUCUUCCCAUCAGUAGAAGCCCAAAGAGAAAAAUCUCAGGAAAAGCAUGGGCCCUUAGGAGAUCAUGAAGAGGUGGCCAGGGUAUCUUCUGAUAAAAAACAGGUGAAGAGAACUGGUCUGGUGGUCGUGAAAAACAUGAAAAUCGUUGGUCUCCACUGUUCUAGUGAAGAUUUACAUGCUGGGAAAAUUGCUCUUAUAAAGCAUGGGUCAAAGCUGAAAAAUUGUGAUCUUUAUUUUUCCAGAAAACCAUGUUCUGCUUGUUUGAAAAUGAUUGUAAAUGCUGGAGUUAACCGAAUUUCAUACUGGCCUGCUGAUCCAGAAAUAAGUUUGCUUACUGAGGCUUCUAGUUCUGAAGAUGCAAAGUUAGAUGCUAAAGCAGUGGAAAGACUGAAGUCAAAUAGUCGGGCCCAUGUGUGUGUCUUACUUCAGCCUUUGGUGUGUUACAUGGUGCAGUUUGUAGAGGAGACCUCCUACAAAUGUGACUUUAUUCAGAAAAUUACAAAAACAUUGCCAGAUGCUAACAUUGACUUUUAUUCUGAAUGUAAACAAGAAAGAAUAAAAGAAUAUGAAAUGUUAUUUUUGGUUUCUAAUGAAGAAAUGCAUAAGCAAAUACUGAUGACUAUAGGUUUGGAGAACCUAUGUGAAAAUCCAUACUUUAGCAAUCUAAGGCAAAACAUGAAAGAUCUUAUCCUACUUUUGGCCACAGUAGCUUCCAGUGUGCCCAACUUUAAACACUACGGAUUUUAUUGUGGCAAUACAGAACAGAUUAAUGAAAUUCACAAUCAAAGUUUGCCACAAGAAAUCGCAAGGCACUGCAUGGUUCAGGCCAGGUUACUGGCAUAUCGAACUGAGGAUCAUAAAACAGGAGUUGGAGCAGUCAUUUGGGCAGAAGGAAAGUCUAAAAACUGUGAUGGAACAGGUGCAUUGUACUUCAUCGGAUGUGGUUAUAAUGCUUUUCCUGUUGGAUCUGAAUAUGCUGACUUCCCGCACAUGGAUGACAAACAGAAAGACAGAGAAAUAAGGAAAUUCAGAUACAUUGUACAUGCAGAACAGAAUGCCUUGACAUUUAGGUGUCAAGAAAUAAAACCAGAAGAAAGAAGUAUGAUUUUUGUGACGAAGUGCCCAUGUGAUGAAUGUGUACCUUUAAUUAAAGGUGCAGGCAUCAAACAGAUCUAUGCAGGGGAUGUAGAUGUUGGAAAAAAGAAAGCAGACAUCUCUUACAUGAGGUUUGGUGAGCUUGAAGGUGUUAGCAAAUUUACAUGGCAGCUGAAUCCAUCAGGAACUUGUGUUCUUGAACAAAAUGAACCUGAAAGCAGAGAGAAUGGCAUGUCAAGACCCACGCUCCCUGAUGACGAGCAGCAGCAGACCAAGAAGCUGCGUCUGGGAAACCACUGAGGAGGCUUGUCUGGACUGGACUGAGCGAAGAACUCAAGAAUUUUUUUUGCACUUUUAAAAUCUAGCCUUGUUAACUAAGAAAAUAAGGAUGGAUUUUGUGAAUAAUUGAAAAACUUUUUAAGGAAGCUAAUUUAUUACAUAUGAAUGAUGUUAAUGAGAACAUUUUUAUUUUGGAUUUGUGUGUUUUCCAGAAUAUAGUGAUGUGUUCUUUUAUUACACUAAAUGAGGUAGCAAUAAAUUAAUGGGACUAGUUUAAUUGUCCAUGGGGAUUGAUCUCUCCUUGUCUUAGCUUUAUAUUAGCCAGUGUGAAAGGGGCUGGUUCUCUGGCAGUGACUUCUCAGCAGAGAAUUACACACCUUUUAAGAAAUAUUCUCAAAAGUUCCUUUGGAUUAUGAAGGUAAUAAUUAGUAAACUGCUCCAGGGAAAUAAAAGACAACGUGGUCAUUUUUAGGUCAAUUUAUGGCUCACCAAAAAUUCAUAUUUAUACCUGAAACUUUCUAAUAAUUAGAAUCUACUUAAUUAGGAUUGAAUCAUAAAAAUGAAGUUGGUGGACCUUGUCUCCAUUAGAAAAGUAUAUUCUUAACAAGAUUACUAAUUUUCUUAAGUCUCUUGAUAUGUAGAAAUCACAGCAGUUUGUUGGACCUAGGGUGUUAUAUCACUGAAUUUGGGUAGCAGUAGGAAGAGAAUAUUAUUCUGAGAUAAUACUAUUUGGUAUCAUUGCCUCUUGAAAUCACUAAGAACCUCAAAUUUGGUUAUGAUGUUAACAGAAAAGAAAUAAUUUAACCAAAGGCUAUUGAAACUAGCCUUUUCUGAAUUCCAUUCAUAAGUGCUGCCCAUUUUUCCCUCCACAUAAUUAACAUAGGCUUCGAAUGGAAGGCCUUUUAAAAACAUUUGCAAACCUUAAGAAUACUGAAAGUCUUGAAACUGAACAUUAUGAUCAGGUCAGUUACAUUCUAAAUGGUUUUUCAUGAAUCCUCUCAUUUUUAUUUGCUAAAAAACUUCCAGAAAAUUAGUCCAAAGAUAAAGUACAUGUUUUGUAGUUCCCUAGAGUUAGGGAGGGAGUUGCAUGGCCUGUGGACCACAGGCCUGGAGCAUGACGUCCUGAAGAACAACUUGCUGAUGCAGAGAUGAUCACUUUUGCCUCUGGUACCAUCCCUCUCCUCUCCUCGGUACUGUAUGUCCUCAUGAAGCCUCCUUCCAGCUUCUCGGAAUUGUACACAGGACAGUCCAAACGUUGACUGAUGCCCCUGCUUGUAGAGCAACCUGUUUGGGUCCACGGGGAGUUCAAAGUCAUCAUACCAGGCAGUUGAGAACUGCCGUAAACAUUUUCACACAAGAUGUAAGGCAGGGAAUAGAGAGGGAGGGAGGGGAAGAAAGAUGCCCUUAGAGUAACUAGGGCUAAUUUGAAAACUGGUAGCUCAGCUAUUCUUUAGCAUAUAUCAGUAUGAAAAUACUGAGAUUUGCUUACAUUCCCCCAACUGCUUUAAAAAAAUUAUACAUAGUUAAGUUCGUGUUAGAUUUGUUGUUUUUUUACUAAUAUGUCAACUAUAUCAAGUAUUUUAUAAAUCAGUCAGCAAAUAUUUUGUUAAGACCUAAAAGCCUGGUAUACUGCCAGGCUUGUGGAUUUAUGUGUUGGGCAUUGGUGAAUAUCAGAAGGGAGAAACAUACAAAUCAAGAAAGCUAUAUUUAGGAAAUGGAAAAAUGAUAUUUCCAAAAGCACUAUUAAAAUGGUCGAGAUAAUGCCAUAUUUCAUUUUGUACAACUCAUCAGAUUUCAACAUUUAUUGACAGUUUAAUAUGUAGUCCCAUAAAGAAAGCUCUCUCUCUCUAUAUAUAUUUUAACUGCUGAAUCCAGUACCUACAGCAAUGCCUGGCACAUAAUAGGCAUUCAAUAAAUACUUGUUAAUUGAUUGAAUGACUGCCAGACACUGGCUUGACCCUAUAGACGACAUGUGUAAGAAAUGCUCCCUGAUCUCAAGAUUCUCACAGUCUAGUGGACGAUAUAAGCAUGUAUGCAAAUAAUAGAGACUGAUACUCAGAGUGGGGUUCCUGAACCAGCAGGCAGCAUUAGCAUCAUGGGGACUCGUUGGGAAUGCAGAUUCUUAGGGCCCACCCAGAUCUCCUGAAUCAGAAACUCUGGCUUUGGGUCCCAGCAAUCUGUGUUUUCCCAGGCCCUUCAGGAGCUUCUGAUGACCUUCAAAGUUGACAAAUAGCCUGUGAAUGUAACUAUAGGAAGAUUCUAAUAUAUAUAAUUAAAGCUACUAGAAAUAAUAAGAAAAACUACUCCAUAUGCAAGGAAAGGAGAUGUGUUCCUGGCUAAGAAAAGGUAUGGAGAUGUAUUUUUAUUAAAAGAGAAGAAAAUAAAUUUUGUCCUUAAGUAAAGCUGAUUAUUUCAGAUUGGGAAAGAGGAAAAUAAAGGACAAACAAUGGACAUAGAAAAUUGGGAAAAGAGAAAGAAAAAGUUUUACCUCAUUUAGUCAAGUUGGCUUAAAAUUGGAUUUUUAUAAGGGUUUCUUAAGAAAUAAGCUUUACUAUCAAUAGUUUGCUUAUGUAGUUUUCUUUCAUCUGCUAAAAGGACAAAGUUUUCUUGGGCUCUUGGUCUACUUUUGGUAAAAUAUUAUGAUAGGUUUUUCUUUACCUUUCAACUAAUCUUCCUAGAAAGCCAAGAUUUUACGUCUUGCUAAAAUACUUUCCUGUGCUUCAUGUUGUCUUUAUCAGGUCUUUGAUUCCUUAACUGAGCCUCAAUAUCAAGAGCAAAGUUUUACUAAAAAUUAUGUAACCUUCUGUACUUGCCAUUAAAAUCUUCUGUCACUUUGAUUAAAUAGCUAAAUUAAGUAUUGUUUUAUAAUUAUCUGUGAUCCUCUUAAAUCAGGUGUCCAAACCUUUUGAUAUUUCUGACAAUCUCCCCAAAAGCAAAUUCUAAGUAAAGUUUUUGACUUGGAAGUAACUGGGAUUUUUGAGAGGGUCCCUAGAAUGUCUCAAAAGAUUUGGUUUCUCUCCUUAUAAAAGAAAGAUGCUAAACCAUCAGGUUUAUGUGAUACUUUAAAUUACAUGGGAAGUGUUGCCAAAUAAGAAUACUGAGCUUUAUGUUAUAUUUGCAUAAGUAUGUGUUAUAACUGUUCCAGAAAUUCUAUGAAAUUCUUAGAAAUCAAAUGUUCUAAUCUAAUGUUAUCACUUGUAAUCUAGUUAUUAUCAUGAAAUGUUGUGUGUCACAGAAUUAACCAAAUUUCCUUGUCAAUUGCAUUGUAAUGAACUCUAAUCAGAUCUUUAACCAUGCCAUUUUAAAUCUAUGAUUUACAGACAGUUAUUGUUUUAUUUACUCUGUGAUGCUUUUGCAAAAAUGUCCCUGCAAAAGUGCUUCAUCUUCAGAGAUUCAUGGAAAGGACAAGUCCUCUAGAAUACAGGUUUCUGGUGACUUGAAGUCAUUCAAAUGAACUAGGUAAGUACUUCAAGAAAUAAUGGAAAAAUUGGAUUCACACAAAUCAAAUAUUAAUUACAUGUGUCUGAAUGAACUGAAAAGGAUUAUUAUUUUUUAUGACAUUUUUGUUUGAAACGUUGCUUUUUUUUUUUAAGUUUUGCUUUUCAAGAUUUAAGGAAACCUUUUUCUCUUAAGCUACCUAUGAUUUACAACUUGGUAAAUCAGACCUUUGUAAACAGAAUUGAAACAAUCAGUUUUUCUACCUUCCCCAUGCCUCCAGAAUUUAAAACCCCUUAGUAUUCUUAUUUUCAUGACAGUAGUUAUUUGCAUAAGUUAAAUAAGGGUCUAUUCUUCUUGUAAUGGGCAUAAUUGGAAACAGUGGUUACAUCACUCCCAUAUACCAGACAACUUUAAGAAACUCACGUUGACUUUAUAGAGACAAUUAAGCACCUUGAAAAUGAGCCUCAUGCCUUGUUUACAGGGCUCCCCGCAGCCUUACCAGGGAGUAAGGAGGUCACUUCCUGGCAGGCUCAGGAGCCACAGGGUAUCUUCAGGAAUUGAGAAGAGAGGAAUUAACCCCGAUUUAUAAGUGUUGCUGGCACUUAAAAGUACGAUGGCAAGUCUGUGGCUUGGCCUCCUAGCUUCAAGAGGCUAUUAAGAGUUCAAAAUGAGAUUUCUUAUGUGAAGUUUCAGCAAAGCAGAUUUUAAAGAAAAGCCUGUUUGAUUAAUCGCAGUUUUUGCUACACUUAUGUGCAUUACAUGAAUAAUCGGGCCAAAUUUAUUGAAACUGGACUUAAUUUGCAAACAAAUCAGUCUUACUAUAAUUAUCUUUGAUAGAAAUGAGGGUUAUUGUAGAGAAAUUUAUGUUUCGGUGAUACACUUUUAUAAAUUUCAGAUUCUAGUGCUGUUAAUUAUAUUUGAGGUUUUGUUUCCUACCUGUAAACUAACUUGGUCCUGAAUUCUUCUAGUUUCCUCCAAUAUUUGGCUAUAAUUCUUCAAACUAACAUUUCCAAUUUUCUCCCACUUUGACUUGGAAGCAUUAAGAGUAAAAACUGUCCUUUUCCCCAGUGCCCUGCAAACUGAAUGCAAAUGACAUAAACUUCAGAGAAAUCACCACAAUAACCCAUAUUUAAACAAUCUUCAUGCUAUUUGCUAUGUGUGCCACUCGGAAAGUUUACCUGCAUCAUCAGAGACAUUAAAAUUGCACAUGAUGCUUCAAACAUUUAGGAAUCAUCUUUACUGGCUGCCCCCUGGGCUCAAAAACUGGUCUAUAAUUUGCUGCAAGCAUUAACAUGUUUUGUUGUUUUCUUCAUGGAAAUGCCUUGUUAAAUGUAGGCUUAAUUUUGGAGGCCCAGCUGGAUCACCAGCUCCUAAAAUGAGACACUGCUGUUCAACUGAACUGGUCUAUUUGUCAACACAGAGAUUAAUUCAGUGUAAUCAUAAAACAAUCUACCAACUCAGCUUCUGGAUUAUGAAACUUCUUAAAGUUUCAAAGGCAGGACUGAAGGGGAGAAAAAUAUGCCACCCCAAAAUAUGCCAUUUUGCCAUACUGAUUAUUUUGAAUUAAAGUUUCUUAAGAAAUAGCCAGUGUGAACAGGACACUCUGACCCUCCUCUGUGCCCCUGAAAGCAGGAAAUACAUUCCCCGCGUGAAGGGUUCCUCUGCACCUGGAGGGUGGAAGGCAUCCUUAUCAACAGAGCUCAGGAGAGAAGGCUGUAUCAGCAAACAUUGUUACCUCUUCAGUUUGCUACCCCAAGCCCAACCCCUUUGUCAGUUCUUUAUAAAUGAUUAUUCUUUGUUUACAAUGUAUAAAAGCUCCCUGCUUUUGUACUUCUUUCGGUCUCAUUUCUGUCAUUUCUGUGGGUUCCUGCAUGUAUGAAUUAAAUUUGUUUUCUCCCGUUAA